CAGGAGUUGUAGCACACCAGGUGAAUCAAAGUUCCAAGCCCCAACUUCAGGUGCAGGGCAACAGUCCAGGAGGCGUCAUCAUAGGAACUUCGUCUUCGUCGUCUUCAAGUUCCUCCUCUAGCACCUCUAUGGGUUCUGGUACUUCGCGAUGGACUGAGCUGCAUGCUUGCCAACUAUUACAGAAUUUGAAAAUAAGUAGUGACCAUGCCAAAACUGGAGGAGGAGGAGGUACGAAGAAGAUUAAGGCUGGCGUUUCUCUACUUUCUCUCAAAAAAUCUAUAUCGUAAUCGAUCUUCAUCCUCUUUCCACUGCAUAACGCAUGCAUCCUCCACCUGUUGGAGUACAGGGAAGCACUAGUGUAGGAUGCUUUCUUGGUUUGAGGCAGAUUCCAGUUUCUCGUCGUUCUACAGCUAGGUUUUCCUAUUGUACUUGUACUAGUUCUAAUUCGCUGCAUGCUACUGGCAGCAUAAACGCUGCUAAGCGUGUCCUUUCGUUUCUCCGUGAAGAUGGCCUUACUCAUAUCGCAGUGAGAGGCUAUCUUCCGUGUGACCUACUCCCAGUAUUAAGGCUCAGCUUUCAAUGGUCAUUGGGGUUGGUCACUGAGAUCGAAGAAGCGACCCCUUUAGAGAACAGGGGAAAAGGAAGGGAAAGGGGAGAGCUUUGAAGGGAGUCUCUUCCGUUCAGCAUCAGUGACCAUUGAAUGCUGAGCUUUAACAGUAGCUCGCAGCCUCCCUCGAGCAUCAGAUGGUGGCUCGGAACUCCUGUUAUCUUGGGACUGGAUAUUAAGGCACGUGCCAGGUACGUACGUCCACGACAAUGGAGACAAUAGCAAUGGGCGCAGUGACUGGCAUACAGUGCAUGUGAAGGAGAGAGAGGAUCAAUCUUUAGUGUGGCAGAACGAUGCGGGGUAUGAG